AUGGCCGGUUCCCUGCCGGGAGGCGCACCGACCCAGAGCAAGGCGCUCCAGGAGCAACAGGUGGGAAAGGGAGAAACCUGGAAGCGGGCCACGCCCAAAGGCAUCUCUGGUAUAUUUCGAGUUCACGGAACUUUUAACCGGCCGGAAAACGUGCAGGUCAGGAUGCCUUUGCUUAUUCCAAGGCCUGUGUGGCCGUUCGGACCCCCGCGGGGCGUUUGCCGAAAGCCUCGCAGACACGGCGCCCUCGAGGACGGAGCUGGCGUCUUCUGGGCUUUUCCAGCCGCGCCCGGGCGCUCGGCUGCCCCCCCCCCCCCGCAAGGGCCUGUGCGUGCGCGGCUGCCUGAUUGUCAGUGGCUGCUUUUAUCGACCAAUCCGGUCGUCGCCCGGCCGAUCCCCCUCCCGCGCCCGGCCAAUGGCGGGGGAAGCCCGCGCCGUCCGCGCCGCUACCGGCAGGCGCCGGGCUUAAGUUGCGGCGGGAGGCGCAGGGGCUCAGACCGCGCUGGGCGGCUGCCAGCUCGCACCUGGCACCUGCACCUGCUGCUACCUGGCACCUGCUACCUGCCCGGCGCGGGCCGCGGUCGGGAUCCGUCUAGCGCCGCGUUCCCUCGCGGGGGUGUGUUGGGGGGACCCCUCUUUCCGACUGCCAAAAUGGUUAUCAAAGUGUUUGUUGCCACAUCUUCUGGGUCCAUAGCGAUUAGGAAGAAGCAGCAAGAAGUAGUGGGCUUUUUGGAAGCUAAUAAGAUCGACUUUAAGGAAUUAGACAUUGCUGGAGAUGAAGACAAUAGGAAGUGGAUGAGGGAGAAUGUUCCUGGAGAGAAAAAACCUCAAAACGGAAUCCCUUUGCCCCCCCAGAUCUUCAACGAAGAGCAGUAUUGUGGGGAUUUUGACUCUUUCUUCUCUGCAAAAGAAGAGAAUAUUAUUUAUUCGUUUCUGGGUUUAGCUCCCCCUCCAGGCUCAAAGGUGACAAAAUCAUCCGAGGAAGCAUCUUCCCUUCCCAAUGGCGACGUAGUGGGAGAGGUACAGGGCAGCACAGAGGGAACAGAGAAGACUGAAGAGAGUGGAGAAAACGAGGCACAAAAGGAGGACAAUGAAGAUGCGGGCAAUCUCGCUGAAUCUCAAGAGAAGAAUACGGAAGAGAUAACCGAGGAGGGAGCAGCAGGGGACGCAGAGGAAGAGGAAGCUGAGAAAGGAGAAGAGGCAGGAGAAGAGGAGGAAGAGUCCUAGGCCUUUUCGUGCUUUAUUCCUUCCACAUUUCCAGAAAACCCAAGCCACGAAGCAGUAUUUCAACUGUCUGCCCACAAACCAAACUCACCAAAAUGCUUUGGUGUGAAGCUAGCCCACCUCUCUCGGUACACCCGGGUUCACUGAGGAAUUGUACCAUUUGACAUGGUUAGAUGUGCACGGAUAUGUCUACCCGACCUUAGCAACGUGAAAUUCUAUGUGAAGACAACUCAUGCAUACCUUCAUGUGCCUGACGUCCUUGGCCUUUGCUUAAUUUUUUUUUUUUUUUUGCUCUGCAUGAAUAGAUCUUCUUACUAAUACCCUGAAAAAAAAAAACGAUUUUGAAAAAUGAUUUCGAAAUAUAGAACUUCUCUUUGUGAUGUAAUAAAAGUAUUUCUUCGUAUGUGCCUUCUGCUACUUGUCUCAGAAUUAGCUGAAAAUAAAGAGCUUUGAAAAUAAAGAGCUUUCCAGAAAACAA